CCCCCCCGCUGCCGCAGCUGCAGCUCCGUCCUCUCCUCCUCUACAGUCUAGCGGCCUCCCAGCUAUAUACGCCCACCCUCCCACCUCCACUGCGCUCCCCCGUCCUCCCUCCUCGAUCACUGCUACCGCUAGCUCUCGCCAGGAAGGGAAACUGCAUCUGCUGAUCGACGGCCACCAGAGCGGGAGUGUGAUCGACGAGGUCGUCCCGUCCGGAGCUCAGGACUCAGAUCUGAGGCGCGGAGGACAUGCAGGGCGGCGCGGCGGCGGGGGACGCGCCGCGGCCGAGCCGGUACGAGUCGCAGAAGCGCCGGGACUGGCACACGUUCGGGCAGUACCUGCGCAACCACCGGCCGCCGCUGGAGCUGUCGCGCUGCAGCGGCGCGCACGUCCUCGAGUUCCUCCGCUACCUGGACCAGUUCGGCAAGACCAAGGUCCACGCCCAGGGCUGCCCCUUCUUCGGCCACCCCUCGCCGCCGGCGCCCUGCCCCUGCCCGCUCCGCCAGGCCUGGGGCAGCCUCGACGCGCUCGUCGGCCGCCUCCGCGCCGCCUUCGAGGAGCACGGCGGCCGCCCCGAGGCCAACCCCUUCGGCGCCCGCGCCGUCCGCCUCUACCUUCGCGAGGUCCGCGACAGCCAGGCCAAGGCGCGCGGCAUCGCCUACGAGAAGAAGCGCCGGAAGCGCCCGUCCUCGUCCCAACAGGCGCAGCAGCAGCAGCAGCAGGCCGCCACUCCCCCGCCGCACCAGGCUGCGGCUCCCGCCUCCUCGCCGGCCAUGUCGGACGCUGCCGCCGACGCGCGGGCGCCGCACGUCCCGGAGGCCGCCGGGCACCCGCACCACCACUUCUUCAUCCCGCACCCGCAGUUCCUGCACGGCUUCAGCCUGGUGCCGGGCAACCACCACCACCACCCAGAAGCGGUCGCCGCUGGCAAUGGCAGCAGCAGCAGCAGCAGCGCCGGCGGUGCCGGUGCCGGCAGCGGGGACGAGCUAGCGCUGGCGAUGGCCGCGGCGGCGGAGGCGCACGCGGCGGGGUGCCUGCUGCCGCUGUCAGUGUUCAACUAGCCUUGUAGCUAGCCGGAUCGAGGUUGUGCUUCCUUAUAUUGCUUCCUUUCCGUGGUUUUCUCUUCUUUUGAGAUGGCAUGCAUCCUCUUUGUCCCAAUAUUGGCAGUGUCUUGAUCGAUCUGCCCGUUCGAAUUUCAGGUAUAUCUUUUGCCCUAAUUGAUUGAUAAAUAUUACUCUCAAAGCUAAGUGGUUCCAAUUUCUGGGUUCUUUGUUCUUAGUUAUCUUGAUUUUUCGUAUGAAUUAUAAGUUUAUAACCGCUUGUCAGAUUGUAUAUACUGUAAAUCAUGUAUGUAUGAUCACUUCUGUGUACAAAAUUAAAGGAUUAUCCAAAUAAACAUCAACCAGCAGUCUUCUUGGUGAUAAAAAAGAGAACCGCGCAAAAUUCAGAUUUUACUCUUAACUAUAAAAUAGAAAGGAUCUUUCUCUUACUGUUCAAACAAGAAUAUGCAUAUAUUUACAUGAUCUGGAGAAAUUUUGAGUAAAAAACAUAAUUGUAGCUAAGUAGUAGUCGCAGCAGCAAAACCCGUUCAAAUUAUGCAUAUAUCGUUGAAGGUAAACGACUAAACAUGAAAAGAUUUAUUUUUGUUCCUUCGCGAAUGUCUGGAAGCACGUUUUUCAUCAAGACAAGAUGAUUACCUGCUCAAAUUAUUCAGAAGAGCGUUGGCUGGACCAUCACUCAUUGUUCAUGCACUGUGCUCUGGUGGAUUUCUGCAAAUAACAGUAACCAACUCCGAAAUAGGAAAAGACCGGAAAGCUUAGUACUAUGAAAACAACUGUACUUGAUCUUCCACGUCCAUGUGUUCUCGUGGUCGUUAAUAAUAAGCUUUCAUAGUUUUGGUAACAGUACACACAGUUUCAUCCUCAUAAAAUUCCUUCCCUUACCUUCAUAAUUGUAAUUACGUUGCUAUUUCAUU